AUGUAUGCUAAAUUCAGACGUGCGGAUAUAGUUGGACGUGGAUUUUCAGGAUAUACUACCCGCUUGUGCCUUCCAUUGUUGAAAGUGCUCUAUCCAAAUCCCGAAUCUCUACAAAAUACUGCCUCUUUCUUCAUUUUCUUGGGUGCGAAUGAUGCCAGUUUUGGAUCGCAAAAAGUUGAUCUCCCAGAGUACAAAUCUAAUCUUUGUCAAAUGAUUUCAUACUUGCAAUCUCUUAAAUUCGAAAAAUCAAAGAUUUUUAUUAUAACUCCACCGCCAGUGGAUGAGAACAAGAAGGAACCCGAGUGCUUAGCUUUGGGUAGACCAUUUACGAGGACUUUUGAAAACGCUAAGAAGUAUGCCGAGGCCUGUCUUGAAGUGGCCAAGGAGACGGGUGUUGCUUGCGUGAACAUAUUCGCCGCCAUCGCCGCUCAAGAGAAUUGGAAAGAUUACUUGAUCGACGGUCUGCACUUUUCUAGACAAGGUGGAUUGUUUUGUGCAGAAAUAUUGGCUAACAUUUUGGAGAAUAUUCUUUCACAGAAGAUGAAUUUCCCUGACUGGCAAGACGCCUUGAAGUUGGACCUCAGCAAACCCUUCCCACCCCAAUAA